AUAUUUUCCAGCAUGCACUCGGCCGCAAAUAGCUUCUUGUUUUACACAUAAUGGUUUUAUUGCACUAAAUCACUGCCACUGUCGAUCGAUGCACACUUUGAGAGACGCACUGCUCAUUUAUGGCCUCCGUCGGAAUGGUGCUCGGCAUGGGCGGUCCAGCCAGUAGCUCACAAGUUAGUUGGGGAGUGAAAAUAGGCCCGUUCUGCACGUUCGCUGGCUGUACGUCCUUGGUCUAAAUCACUGAUAGAGAACGGGCUGUUGUAAACAGUUCGAAUUUCCACAUCUCCUGAACAAUUCAGGGAAUGGAAGGCACCGGAAGUGCUACGACAUAUAAAUAGAGAACGAUCCAGCAUAAUAUAUGCUGAUCUAUAGAAUCAUCGAUCGAACAACUGGAGCUCUUAAUCAGAUAAUUAUGCAUAAGCGAAUUGUGUUGCUAUUGCUGGCACUGAUCGUGCAGGCUGCAAUUGGCGCUAGUGUGAAUAAUGAUGUCUACCUGCGCGUCAAACCAAAUGAGCGCACCCUCCCUAAAACCAACGAGCAGCUCAGCGCAUCUCAGUGGACAAAACUGACCGAAGCUAAUCGACCCAAGGCUGACAACCCCAAAGCGAACCCAAUCGUCCAACCAAAGGUCGCGGGUACGACGACUUAUAUCAGUAAGCAAAUCGUCGGCGGUUCGUUGGCCUCCUCAGGCCAAUUCCCGUGGCAAGCUCUACUCUACAUAGACAACGCCUGGCUGUGCGGCGGCUCCCUUAUCCUUUCGCAAUGGGUUCUCACGGCUGCCCACUGCACUGGGAACUCCUACCGAGUUUAUCUGGGCACUAUUAGCCAGAGCUCUCUUACUAACGGAUACGUCUUGCUCACCUCGACGCUUAGUUACAGGCAUGAAAAAUACGAUGACACCAACCUUAACAAUGACGUCACCCUUAUUAAGUUACCAUCUGUCGUGAGCUUUACCUCGAACAUCUCGCCGGUGAAGUUGCCGUCUUUGUAUGAUGCCACAAAAAACCUGGAAGGUACCCUGGCCACCGUCAGCGGCUUUGGCAGGACCUCGGACUCUUCUUCUUCGAGCCGUGACCUCAAGUAUACACAAGUCACGGUCAUCAGCUACCAGUCUUGCGCCUCUUACUAUGGCUCCUCGGUCGUUGUCGCAUCAACCAUAUGCACCAAACAAAUUGAUACAUCCACCUGCCAGGGAGACAGUGGCGGACCUCUAGUGUACAAAGACUCCAAUAAUUUAUGGGUGCAGAUCGGCGUGGUUUCGUUUGGCUCUUCAAGCGGAUGUUUAGCUGGUCCAUCAGGUUUUGCCAGGGUUACUUCUUUCCUCGGGUGGAUGUCAGAUAAAAUCGGACAAGAUUUGACGGGUACGACAAGUGGAGGUGGAGGGUCAUCAACUGCAGAUCCAACGUCCUCCGUCUCCAGUGAGACACCACCGGGCGAUUCUAGUAGCAGCACUAGCGAAAUGUCUACGGAUACUCAAACGACGUCUACAAGUUCCGCAAUAACCACAACAACUCGAACACCAAAAACUACAACAACUCGCACUCCUAAGACGACAACAACUCGUACUCCAAAGACGACAACAACGCGUACUCCAAAAACAACAACUACCAAAACUCCUAAAACCACGACUUUGAAGAAGAAAAAUUAGCUUUUGCCUAAAAAGACAGUCUUUCUCCCUUUUUUGACUUCAUUCUCAGCAGAAUUUUUAUCUUUGGUUUUGGUUCCUGUUUUUUAAAGUAUGCAAUAAA